GUUGAACAGUCCUUCCUUCUAUUCACUUUAAACCAAUUUGAACAUAUUACACAGCCGUGAGUGCGUAUUAUUGCCGUCGAGAAAAAUUCGGUAGUGCGGGAGGUCGGACUAAUAUGUAUAUGGAUGAUUGCAAAGCUUUAUUAGUUCAAUUGCAUUUUAUAUCGUCGAUAAUUGAAGACAUGGCAGCCAAAGAACCAUUUGGAAAAGCAGAGACAUGUAAUUACAUCGAUACGUUUGUGACCAACAUAUGGACGUCAAUAUGGAUAUGUGCAUUUAUAGGAUUAAUAACAUAUCUGACUUUCAAAUCAUUUAAGAAACGUCAGAAAGUUUCAAAAUUCAACGCGGAUUCCGCUACUAUAAAUAUGACUCUUGAAUUUAAAUCAACAUUUAAUCAAUUCUCUGAAACUGAUCAUAUCAGAAUGACUAACGAGAGUCAGAACGAGAAAGCGGAAAUUUAUACAAAACAGAUUGUCGAAGACACUAAAAUUGCUUUGGCAGAACACCAACAAGACUGCACUCUUGAAGUUCUGUCAGCCAUUAAAAACAACAACGUAUCUUUGAGUGCUGAAAUCAAGUCGAUCGGAACCAGACUUUAUGAGAGCCAUAAGGAAUACUUAAUGUAUACCAGGCAAAUGGCGUUAGAACAACACCAGCAAGAUUGUACUACUGAAGUACUACUAACGACAAACGCUCUAAGGGAAACAAUGGAUGCCGAAAAAAAUGAAGUAAUCAAUGAAAUUCGGAUACUUAAACAAACCGAGCACCCAAUGGCGACAGUGCGGGACGAUUACUCCCGACAACGCGAUGAGUUUCGUGAACAAUUAAUAGGGUUCUACAGGACGACGAAGAUAACUGUGUCGGUAUCACCUCUAUUUGAGGGUCGUGAUAAACCAAUCUGGAAUAUCUUUGUGCAACCGAUAUUGAAUUAUAUCACAAUAGAGAAAGAUGGAUACAGAAAGAAAGCGGGCAACGCGGUACAGCAGUAUAAAGACGUAUUUUACAGUCAUGGCAAUCUCAAUCGACGCGUGUUUGUUCAAGGAGAGCCCGGAAUGGGCAAAUCGACAUUCCUUACAAAACUUGCUCUUGAUUGGUGCGAAGCGGUGUCUAUGCACAACCCCGAGCACAAAGCUUCAUUUAGUGACGUCGCUACACUGAAUGAAUUCCAGUUCCUUUUUCACAUUUCGCUGAGAGAUGCCUAUGGUCAGCGUGAGGUGAUAGAGAUGAUCAAAACACAAAUUAUCGACCUGAUUUACAUGGGGAAUAAACGGAAAAAGACUUUUAAACUGUUAAACCAAAUCCUGGAACGAGAGACAUGCAUCGUAUCUAUGGACGGGCUGAAUGAAUGGGCUGAUCCUUUGAACAAAUACACGGUACCUGUAUUGGCCAAUUGUUAUGCUAAGUGCGUAUCGUUAAUUUCGUCACGGCCAUGGAGAAUGGCAGAUGAGCGAAUUAAAGAUUCAGAAAUUGACAGACUACUUGAAAUACAAGGGAUAACUGAUCCAGACAAGCUCACAAAGCAAAUUAUAAACAGUCUCCAUUCUGCCGAUCAAACGACAUAUACUAAAUUUAUUGAAUACGUCAAAGCGCGUCAUUUGAAGCCUUUUCUUACGUCACCAUGGCUACAGACAUUGUUAAUAAGUUUGUGGAUGAACAAUAAAGACUGGAAUGGUUCAUUGUGCGAAAUUAAUUGUAUUCUACUGGACCUACUUUUUAAGAAGGCAAAUGCAAAAGAAGGUUAUUUUAGAAAAGGUACUACUUUUACGUGUUUAUCGAAUACGAGCUAUAUUGAACCACAGAACGAGAUUUUAAAAGCCCUUGCUAACGCUGCAUUUCGUUUCACGUUUUCUUCAGAAAAAUCUUUGGUGUUUUCAAAAUUUGAAUUACGGAAUUAUAUGUCCGAAGAUCAAUUGAAAUUCUGCCUCGACGCUGGCCUGUUGACGGUACUUUGUAAUUCCACAGUAUCUCUUGGUAGUCAACUAAUGUCUUUUCCACAUGAGACGGUCCAAGAAUUCCUAGCUGCAUUACAUGUAGCAAAUUCAAAGAUGGGUGAAAUAGAAAGUUUACUUAUAGAGCAUAUGUACAAUGUGUUAGAAAUGAGCCAGAUCAUAAUUUAUCUGUGCGGGCUUGAUUGUGGCAUAGCGAAUGCACUGAUAAACCGUCUUACUGACGGCGACUUCUUCAACGACAUGAACCAUGCGUUCAGCACUUACAUAGCGCAUUUUGAAAAUAUAAAAUUGGAAGCAUUUAAUACUGAUUAUAAAGCAAUAGGAAACAUUCAAAAAUCUAAAGAUCGGUGGGACAACGAUUCUCGUAUCUUAGCUGUUUCAUUCUUAUUUCAGCGCAUGAUGAUAGCUGGUUUCAUUGAGGCUAAAGCUAGCGGUCAGAUGGAUAUUUGUUUGAAGUGCAGAGACUUUACAUUCAACACAUAUUUGAACGAGUCCGAAUCAAACGCAUUAUGUUCCCUGUUAAUGUUCAACAAAUCCGAUGUCAGGACUCUUAUUUUAGAAAGUGAUAUACUGCAAAAAAGCGAACUACUGACAGUCCUUCAACAGUCGAGUCAUUGUCUUCAACGUGUAAAGGCAAAAGUUGUUCCGGCAAUACAUAGAGCAUUCAAUAAUUUAAAGCUGCAAGAGCUGCAUUUGAUCGGAAGACUUAACGUACCAUCUGUAUUUGAUAUGCUUACAUCAAUGUCUAAUUUAAGGUACUUAUUCAUAGAAGAUUCAACUUGCAACGAAGAAAUUCCUAUCCCUGCCACAUUAAAAUACUUCGAUUUGAAGAACAUUACAUGUUCAGAUGUGUUCCUACAAAAGUUACUAGUGCAAUUAUCUUUACUAAAACAGUUUAAAGCGGUACAGUUCGAAAUGUGUAAUAUGAAUGUAUCGGACUGCAAAAGAUCCAUUUUCCAAUCAGACCCAUUGCCAAUUGACAUGUCGCAUUUCUAUGUGACCAUUAAACAGAGCAGUAUUGACAUGUAUAGUUUGCUACGAUGUACACCUAUCGUUAACAUGCGCCUUCUGACGGCUGUUGAUGCUGCAUUAGCAUCAGAUAUUUUACUCGUACACAGUAAUCUAGAAAAUCUGAAUUUAUAUGGGACAUAUACGGGUCUUUGCGAUCUCCAUCUGCCUGCAUCGUUACACUGUGUCAGUCUUCAGACAGGCGAAUGUUCCUCUGAGUGGCUGUGCAGCUUGUUAAUCAAGCUUUCUGAAUUAGAUCAUCAUGUAGAGUGUGAGCUAUGUAACUUUGUGGUGCAAUCACGUGGAGAAGAUUGCGGCACUGAUUCAACUAUACAUGUAUCUGACGUGCGAUCUAAACUGUUGUCAUGUGACAUGUCUAAUAUCGAGAUAUUAGUAAAAAAUGGCAUUGAGGAACUAUUUGAAAUAUUCCGUGACACAAGUAUAGGGAUAUUGGACCUGAUAAACGAUGAUUGUGUUUCACAUACAUCAGACAUUCUACCCACACUCAGUAAAUUAAAAGAGCUUUAUUUAUGGGGAACCUAUACGGGGCAUUGUGCUCUUCAGCUGCCUGCUUCGUUAAAAUGCAUCAUGCUUUUGAUAUGCAAAUGUUCCUCUGAGUGGCUGUGCAGCUUAUUGAUAAAGCUUUCCGAACUAGAUUAUCCUGUAGACAUUGUGCUGUUGGACAUUGUAGUUCAAUCAGAUGGAGUUGAUUGUGACGCUCAUUCAAAUAUACGUGCAUCUGACUUGCGAUCUAAACUUGUGUCACGUGACAUGUCCAAUAUCCUGAUUUGUGUAGGGAACGGCAGCAAGGAGCUGUGUGAAAUAUUUCGUGACACAAGUAUACGGGUUGUACACAUCUGAGUGCCUCUGCUGUUUGUUGAUCAAGCGUUUUGUAUACGAAGAGUGUCCUUUGUGACUUGGUAGAGUAAUAAAGUGGAAACAAAUGUGCCAUUGAUUCAAACUGUUUUGUUUGCCUUCAUGUGACAGCGACUUUUGUUGUAUAUUUCCUUACAAGAUACUAACUACUCCGUAGUUUAUGAUUGCAUUUCACAAUUAUUAGACAUUCCUCUCAAACUCGGUAAAAAAAUGCGUGUGUUGUGUGGGACGUGUAAUAGUUUGUAUUAACUGUUUUUUUAAUUAAUAUUAUAAUAAUUAAAAUUGCACAUUUGCGAAAAUAAACAAUAAAGCCUUAUUCGGAGCGUGAAAUAUAUUGAUUACGCAUUGCUAUUAUUAAGAAACACAAUAACGAUUAGAUUUUGUUCCUGUGGAAGAUUUAUCAAAGAUUCCUAUGAAUGCUUAAACAUUAUACUGGUUUUAGAAGCACAGGAAAUCUUUUACUUUUCCAAAGGUACUCAAUUGUUAUCCAUUAAUCUGUAUGUUUGUAUUCAUUUUUAGAAUGAUAUGUUAUAAAUUGCUGUAGUGUUUAAGUGUCAUCAAUGAACUGAAUCGAGCAUUAAUAAUAAUCGUACAACAGACGCUUGACGCGUUUUAUUUUAUGUACACUAUCUCUUUACAACAUGAAAAUGUAUUCCUAUAUAAGAAGUAUAUGUGUGCGUGCAUUUGUGUUGACGCAAUGUAAUUAUGUAUUGUAAUGAUACUGUGGCUUAGACACUGUGUAUUUGUUUUAAAAUAUGCUUGCGGCCCUAUAGAAUUGCAAUAUUUUAAAGGUAAAAGAAAAUAUCAUGUACAAUGUAUUGUUUUAAGGUUUCGAACAGCAACAUUUGCGAUCGCCGACAUUAAUAAACACUUUGAUCAUUUUUAUAUGAGAAAUAAUACUUGUACGCAAUAGUUUGUUUAGUUCAGAUGCGUAGAACCAAAUCUCUCGUGAUUUGCACUUUUGAUUUUAUCCCUACACAUCUAAACUUCCGGCCGGAUAUUAUUUGACAACAAAUUAUGACAAACAUGAACCGGUAUUAUUUCGAUUUUAACACGGUUUUAUGCUUUGUGGCAUUAUAACAAACACCACAAUUGAUUUUUUCGUAGGACAAUUUUAGUGUCAUUCUGUGAAUAGCAGUGCUAUUGUAAUUAUGAACAUCGGAUAAUUUGAGAAACGCGAACUUGUUAAGUCUUACAAGCUUGACACGUUUAAACUUUCCAGUUAGUAAAUAAAUAAGAUUGUUUGUUUUAAACGUAUUUCGUGAUCGUUAACUAAUUGCUUAUCAUGUGUUAAAAACAACCCAUGUAUACUAUUUCGCGAUCGGUAUUUGUUGUGUUUUUUUCAACGUGGUAAGUUAAAGUUAUUGCUAGUGUCUUUUUGUUUGGUUAUUAUUAAAUGGUCCAUUAAGUCCGUUUCAUUCUUGCAUUCGUCUGUAUAGAUUAGCCAUUUUCGUUAACUCUUCGCGCCAUUUUUCGAAAUGCAUUCAUCCAAAUGGAAACGUAUGGCGAGAAAGCAGAGACAGUGUAUGGGACAGACACUGUAUAGUAUUGAAACUUUGUGAUGUUAGUACAACAGUGGAUUAUACAACUAUGACAUUGAUUUUUUAUUUUCUUAAUAGUAUAUGCGUUAAAGUAAAGUGUCAUAAGUUAGUGGGUUCAUGAUUAUCUGUUAUAGUGCCUUUUUGAAAUAAUUUAUUUAAAAAAAUACUGUUUAAUAUGUUUCUUUGUAAUUUGUGUUAUUUAUAAUGAGAUCAACAUUUAUAUAAUAUUACUUAAUAUUUAUUGAUUCGCACGAAUAGUGUUUGCCUCUCAGUGUAAAACAACGCAUGUGCGUGCAUUAUGUUCAGAUUAUUUUCUCAUAUUGUAGUAUAUUUAAGAUGAAUUUAUGUAGAAAACAGUUUGUGGACAUAUUUGGAGUUUUGCAUGUAAUAAAAUAAAUCUUAAUAUAUGUUAACUUUUAACAAUUAAUUGAAAAAGUACAACAAUAACUAAUUAUAAUACGAUGAGUACAAUCAAUUAUUGUGAAUCACGAAAGAGGUAAAAUACGUUUUCUUUUCAAUAUAUAACGAUUGUUCCUGUUUGAUCGGAUUAUCGUUAAAACCGGAUCUUGUUUCGAAACGUUUUUUGAUGUUUAUUGAGUUGUUGACGUUAUAUUGUGGACUGUGUUAUGUGAAAAUGGCCUUAUGCCAUAUGCAACCAGCGUAGCUUCAAACCAGCGUGUCCAUCCGCGCAUUUUGGUCAAGAGCUAAGCUGGCCUCUAUAAAGACGCGCAAUGUGUCGUGGUCUCAUAAGCGGACCGGGUAGUUUCUGACCAGACUUUCGCAGGUUCGCAGGCUGAUCUGAGGCUACGCUUGCCACAUAACGCUUCAGACCAUUGUUUGCAUGUCGCGGUUUUUGUGUUCAUUUGUUGUUUCGAUAGACAUACUUCUACAAAAAUAAUGGAAACUCGCCAGAAUAUGUUUAAAAAUAUUGGUUAAAAUAAAUAAGAAAUAAUGU